AUGUGGGCAAAAGCUGCGUCUAUCGUCGCCUUGGCGACCACCGCCGUUGCGCAAACCAAGGGCUUCAACUAUGGGGCCACAAAUGCAGAUGGCUCAUGCCGUGGAUACAACGACUUUGUGCGCUUCUUCAAUGAGGCGAAGAGUCUACCUGGGGCUUCAGGAUUCAACACAGCACGCCUGUAUACCUCAGUCCAAUGCGGUACCGCAGCCGACCCCAUCUCUGCCUUCCAAGCAGCCAUCGAUACCGACACACAGAUUCUCGUUGGUCUUUGGGCUAGUGCCGGACGUGCUGCCUAUGAGAAUGAACUCAACGCCUUGAUUCGAGGCGCCAGGGACCUCGGCAGCUCUUUCACCGACAAGGUUAUCGGUAUCAGCGUGGGAUCUGAAGACUUGUACCGCAGCAGCCCGCAGGGUGUACAAAACAACGCCGGUGUUGGUGCAACUGGUACUGAGAUCGAGGGUUACAUUGGCUGGAUGCGCGAUUGGCUCCGUGGCACUGCGCUCGAAGGCAAGCCUAUCGGCCAUGUAGACACAUGGACUGCUUGGGUUCUUCCUGAGAACCGCGGUGUUGCGAACACUGUCGACUGGCUUGGCCACAACUCUUUCCCGUACUUCGAGACCACCAAGCCGAACUCUAUCGACCAGGCUCGCGAGAACUUCUUCGCCGCUGUAGGACAGACUGAGGGUGUGUCUGGUGGGAAGCCCGUGUGGGUCACCGAGACUGGAUGGCCACGAAUUGGUCCCAACUCUGGCGCUGCUGUUGCGUCUCUUGAGAACUCCAAGCGUUACUGGGACGAGGUUGGCUGCUCCCUCUUCGGCACCCGCAACACUUUCUGGUACACUCUGAAGGAUGCAAACGCUGCCCAAACCGACCUGUCAUUUGCUAUUACCCCGAAGGAGAACAACACGCCGUUCUUCGACCUGACUUGCUAG